CUACAAGUCUAGGAACACAAACGGUAUGUAAUAUAAGGCUUUUGUUUGUUUUUUUGUUCCAUUUCAACAUAUUGAGGCUAACAGUUUAAACAAAAGGACCUUUGGUCUAAAAGGAACAGAACGAUUUAAAAGCGAGCUAUGAGAAUAGCUUUGGUUUUGGUUUCUCUCCUUGGCGCUUGUCUUGGACAAGGUCGGGAUAAUCAAGGAACAGAAUUCUUGUUUGGUUUUAUGGAUAAUUUAAUAUUUGGUGGUACAAACGGAAAUGACCUCGAGUUGUUUGUAACAACAUCUUCAAACACACCUGUAGAUGUAACCAUUACCGCACCUCUAUACUCACCCGGAACAACUCUUGGAUCAACCACUGUCAGCAGAGGAAAUAUAGAAAAAAUAAGUCUAUCUUAUAAUCUGAGAGGGACUGGCGUUGAACUAAGCAACAAAGGAAUUUUGAUUGAGGCUACAGAAGAAAUAACAGUGUUUGGAGUUAACAAGGAAACGUUCUCUACCGAUGGCUUCGUUGCUUUUCCCACUGAUACACUUGGGACAGAAUACAUACUGAUCACGUGGGGUUCUGAUGGACAGUUUAUGAUCACUGGUGUAACAGAUGGAACAACUGUAACUAUUACACUUCCGACAUUUGUUUCCACAACCUUAUCAGUUAAUUACAAUGGGAACACAUAUUCCAACGGCGAUUCGUUCACAGUUGUCCUUGAUCGGUACCAGACAUUUCACUGCUACCAAAGCAACGGUGACUUCACUGGAACAAGGAUCGUAUCGACAAAUCCUGUAACAGUUUUUAGUGGUGCCAAAAAGGUAGGAGUCACUGAUACCAUGACAGGUAGCAGCUCUGACCAUCUUGUAGAACAGAUGAUGGCAGUGGAUACCUGGGGCAAAGACUUUGUCACCAUAAGUACACCAGAUAGAAAUGUAGGUGAUUACUUCAGAAUAGUAGCAAGUGAAGAUUCUACCACUGUUUCAUUGGGCGGUACAACACAUGGAACCAUAAAUGCACACGAAUACAUUGAACUGAACGUUGACACAGGGGAUUAUAAAACAAUCACAUCUGACAAAGCAGUCAUGGUCGUUAUGUUUGGAAAAACAGUUAGUACCCAGGCUGGAGAUGCACCUAAUGGCGGUGAUCCACAGAUGACAGUUGUACCACCUCUUCCCCAAUUUCCCUCAGACUAUACCUUUAGCACUGUAGAAACUCCUACUGGCGAUUUCACAAAUUAUGCAUUGGUUGUUAUAGAUACAUCUAAAACGUCCGAUUUGAUGGUAGAUAAUGUUGCAGCCAGUACAAGUUGGGUUUCUAUUUCCGGAUCUGCAAAUUUGGCCGCUGCAACGUUCGAAAUCACACCCGGUUCUCACUCAAUCUUCAACAACGAUCCUGCUGCGACAUUUAUGUCCAUAGCAUUUGGCAAUGCUCAGACUAACUCAUAUGCUUACGCAUGUGGAUUCAGACUUGCAACUAUAAAUGGGCCAUGUAGCACCACAUCAACAGUGGCUGGUGACAUAGUGGAUAACGAUUGUGAUGGAUGGAUUGACGAGGAAACUGACAACGGCAUAGAUGAUGAUGGUGAUGGAUUGAUAGAUGAAGAUUUAGCAACUGCUCCACGAGUUAAUGGAGACUGGGCAGAUUGGAGUACUUGGGGUGCAUGCUCAUUGACAUGUGAUUCUGGUUCCGGCAGCCAAUCUCGAUCAAGAACAUGCACGAAUCCGGCACCAGCUAAUAAUGGGUUAGAUUGUUCUGGUGACUCGACAGAGACGCAGUCAUGUACUUCAGCAGUACCGUGUCCAAUUGAUGGAAACUGGGGAUCGUGGACUGGAUGGUCUGACUGUAUGGUGUCAUGUGGAACUGGUGAAAUCAACAGAACACGUGAGUGUGACAAUCCAGCUGCUCAAUAUGGCGGGGCAAACUGUACUGGAACUGCUGUGGAAACUGACAGCUGCUGGAAUGGAACUUGUUAUCCGUCAGUUAUUGGAAAUAUUGACAGGAAUUGUUCUUGGACAUGGUUUGGAUGUAAAGAUGGUGCCAUUACAUGUAUAGAUUUCUCUUUCCGGUGUGAUGGUUCCGAAGACUGCGAUGAUGGCAGUGAUGAGUCAGCAGAAAUUGCAGGAUGUCCAACAGAGUGUAACGGAGCAGGUUCAUUGAAGCUGUCAACCGUGUUAGCAGGUACACUGUUAAUGUUACUGAUAACGCUUAGUUUCAACAGCAGAAUAUAAAAAAGACAACGGCUACACAUAACAGCCAAAGAUGGUUGAAUUGAGGAUGUUAAUGAAUUUCAGUAGUUACUUAUGUAUUGUAAAUAUAUUGUUGUGUAUCCAAUUGAGAUGUUUUGAUUUUUU